AUGACACAAUCAAGUGAAAAGUUAAAGCAGCACAAGACAACUCUAAUAACUACCACUAGUUGUAUGCAGCCCUACUUUCUUCUAGUAUUAGUCUCAUCCGCACCAAAUAAUGCCAAGAAAAGGAGAGAUAUCCGCCUAACGUGGGGGCUCGACAGCGAUCUAAAACCGAGAUGGAAGACAGUUUUUCUUGUUGGUCAAACGCGAAACCGAACGGAGUCAGAAGCACUGUUGAAAGAAGGCGUAACUUUUGGAGACCUUAUACGUGCGGACUACUAUGAACAUUAUUGGAAUCAGACCCUGAAGAUACAAAUGGGUUUAGAAUGGGCUUCCAAACAUUGCCAGUUCUCCUUUCUUUUGAAAAUGGACGAUGACGCUUUUCUCAACACGAGGGCAUUGAUUUCACUUCUAAACAAUCCGAAAACCCCUCGAGAAAAGCUCUACACUGGAUGGGUUAACGAACAUCCCACAGUGAAGAGACAUGGAAAAUGGAAAGUCUCCCAAAGUGAAUAUAAUGGGACCUUCUACCCACCUUUCUGUCCUGGUUUAGGAAUUGUUCUUUCUCCCGAUGUUGUGGAUGCUAUUGUAGGUUUAUUCGACGCCGUACAAAAAUUUAGACUCGACGAUGUUUACAUAGCCCUGUUGGCAAACAAAAUUGGCGUCAAACCAAUCCAUAAUCCUAAUUUUGAGGUGUGGCCUAGCAAUAAAAAUAGGUGCAGGUUCAUAAACAGUACUUUGGUGCGACAUGCGGUCACUGGUGAAUGCCUUUUCAAGGUUUAUAAUGAAAUGCUUUCUUACUUAUCAACUGUUAAAGGGUGA